AUGACACUCUCAAAUCCCCCAAUUUUUCGGAUACGACAUCUGAUUUUCGCUUUUCUCCUAAUCUCCCAAAUAUCACCUCAAAAAUCGCCUGAGGGCAAACCGAACUUCCUCAGUCAGCCAACUCGACUGGACCUUCUGAACACCGUCCCGGAUUCGAUUACAACAACCACCGUGAUGCCCAAACUACUCCCAAAUUUGUUGGCCGAGAUCGGCCGCGAUCCUAGAGAAUAUUUCGCGGAAGAAGCGGGCAAAUCGGACAGCUACAAAACGGCUGUGGAGAAGACGAAAAAACCACAAAAGAGCGAUGAAACCUCGGACAGUGAGGAUCUAAAAGCGCUGUUGGAAGGGGUAAAUUCCGGCGCCGAGGAAUGGUGGAAACCAGUGGAACAGCAACAGCCUGAGGGUAAGUGUGCAAUUUUUGAAGUUUUUUUCCAUUUUUGGGUACUUAUUUGGCCUGAAAAAUUAAAGUUUUUAGAAUUUUUAAAUUGAAAAAAAAAAAAAAAAAAGUUUUCUUAAAAUUUUUAAUCUUCAAAUUUUCAUUUUUUUUUAUCCAAUUUCGGGUAUCUUUAAAAGACGAUUUCUGAGUCAGUGCGUCAGCCGUGGACAUAGAAAAAAAUCGAUUUUGAGUUUUUUGCACUAAAAUGGCUGUUGGAAGGUGCUAAGCAAAAGCGAACAAUAUUUUUUCCCAAAACCUUCAUCAAGGUAUAUUUUUUUACAAUUUACUGUUUUAGAAGUAACCGCGUCCAGCUGUCGUAUCUUACCUUACUGGACGAUGAUUUGACGGUUACUGAAGUUUUCGACCCUUGCGAUGACGAUGGUAUCAUUAUUUUUCCGAUUUUCCUACUGUAACAUACCGUAAUGCUGUAUCGACCGCUAAAAAACGACCGUAGAAUCUUUCUUUCUGAAAAUUUCACAGGCGAUUUUACGAUUUUUGGAAUCAGCAUAAAAUUCUGCUCUAGAGGCAAUCAAAAAAAGUUCAAAAAAAGCUGCGACAAAUUUCGUGGUAUAGUGGUUAGUGGUCGGGACUGCCAAUCCAGCGACCCGGGUUCGAUUCCGGCUGGGUGCGAAUAUCGAAAAGAAGUCGGAAAUUAAAUUUAUUGUGAUUCAGAGGAUUGUAUAUUUUGACACAAGCAAUUAUUAAUGUCAAUCGUAGCUGGAUUCGAGGUUAAAACGGGAUUUAUAUAAUUUUAGGGGCUCAAUACAUGAAAAAAUAAAAGUGCUUCAAACCGGUUGAAAUUGAUAAUACUUAUUCUAAGGGCUAUUCUAAGACACUUUCUCGUUAACUUUUUUUCGUAACUUACUGUAACAUGGAUUACUGUGACAUGAAAUCCAAUUUUAUUUUUCGCAUACCACGGGGCGUAGACAGCUCGGACUAUCGCCAUAUUGAUAGAGAUGGUUAAUAACGAGUUGGUUUGCAUACAAAAUUUUUUUUAUGGCCGCACAGUUUGAAACAACCGGGUUAUUUCACGAAGUUUUGUCAGAUAGCGAUGAUAUCAAGACACACUGGAAGUGAAGCGGAACUUUAUUUUUUAUACCUAUAGUGGACCUUCGUUGCUGUUUGAACGACCUAGUCAAAAAAACUCGAGAGUGGAUGCAACAAUCUUGAAGAAAAUCCCGUUUAAGUACAAAAUCAUUAUCUUACUGUAGUGCAUGGAACAGUAAGCUACCAAAAAAAAGUUAACGAGAAAGUGUCUUCGAAUAGCCUUUAGAAUAAUUAUUAUCAAUUUCAACCGGUUUGAAGCACUUUUAUUUUUUCAUGUAUUGAGCCCCUAAAAUUAUAUAAAUCCCGUUUUAACCUCGAAUCCAGCUACCAUUGACAUUAAUAAUUGCUCGUGGCAAAAUAUACAAUCCUCUGAAUCACAAUAAAUUUAAUUUCCGACUUCUUUUCGAUAUUCGCACCCAGCCGGACUCGAACCCGGGUCGCUGGAUUGACAGUCCCGACCACUAACCACUAUACCACGAAAUUUGUCGCAGCUUUUUUUGAACUUUUUUUGAUUGCCUCUAGAGCAGAAUUUUAUGCUGAUUCCAAAAAUCGUAAAAUCGCCUGUGAAAUUUUCAGAAAGAAAGAUUCUACGGUCGUUUUUUAACGGUCGAUACAGUAUUACGGUAUGUUACAGUAGGAAAAUCGGAAAAAUAAUGAUACCAUCGUCAUCGCAAGGGUCGAAAACUUCAGUAACCGUCAAAUCAUCGUCCAGUAAGGUAAGAUACGACAGCUGGACGCGGUUACUUCUAAAACAGUAAAUUGUAAAAAAAUAUACCUUGAUGAAGGUUUUGGGAAAAAAUAUUGUUCGCUUUUGCUUAGCACCUUCCAACAGCCAUUUUAGUGCAAAAAACUCAAAAUCGAUUUUUUCCUAUGUCCACCCCUAACAGACGGCUGAUGCACUGACUCAGAAAUCGUCUUUUAAACAUACAUUCACUAGGUCAUUAUUUUCGCACUGUGCGGUUUCCAUUUUGACCUUGCACCGUGCAAUUUGUCAUUCAUUUUUUUGCACUGUGCAGUCGAAUCAAAAAUUUCACUGCACUGUGCGGAAUGUCAGUUGGGUAAAAAAGGUCGAUAAAAUGGAAUAAAUCGACCGUUUCAAAACGAAAAAAAUAUAGGUAGUCAAAUUAUUCGUUAUACUAAAUAACUUUUUAACAAAAACAAAUAAAAACGAAAAAAAAAAUUACGAAAAAUUUAAUUAAAACAUUUUUUUUGGAAAGUAAAGCUUCAUUUACAAUUCUGAUCUACACAUAAAAGCGUUUUUAUUCCUCUACUAGUCGGUCCAUAAAAGAAAAAUUUUCUCUGCACCGUGCAAUAGGCUUUUUUGGCAGACUUUUUUUCGCACAGUGCAAACGUCAAAAAUCAUUCCAACAACUUUUUUCGGAUGGACUAGUCUCAGUCUGUCGGGAAAAUAACAUGGAUCAAGCCUUGGAAUCGCCCAUCACCGGUUUGUGACGGCUAGCCGCGGUUGGGCGAUACAUUUAGCUUCCAAAUCCACAUUAUUUUCCCGACAGACUGAAAAUCCUUUUUUUAACGAUAAAAACUUUGGUUGUUUUAGAGUCUGUCGGGAAAAUAAUAUGCAUUUUGUCGCUGCACCAAUCAUGUCGCUAAAGUGAAGAGCACUUUGAUUUUGUCGCGACACUUCAUUUUCCCUGCGGCGAUGUGAUUUUCAAUGCCACAGAGUGCUCAUUAUUUUCCCGACAGACUGAUAAAAUCAUUUUUUUUUUGCCUCCAAUUCAGCUUACAUCCAUAUUUUUUCAGUUGCCCCUGCAGUCAAGACCUCGGAGUCGGAGCGAGUUCUCACCUCCCAUUCCAUCGACCAAGACCCUCUGGCGCAUUUCCGCGAGACCGACGACGACGACGACGAGGAAGAGCCGCAGUUCCGAAUCCGCCUCAGUCCGCGCAAGAUCUCCGGUGACACCACUUCCGAGACCCUGACCAUGGGCGGUGGGUCCUACAGCGAGAAGGCGUUGGUCAAUUUUGACAGCUCGUCGGAAGAGGAGUUGCUGCAGAAGGGGCUGCUCAAAUACGAUCCCAAGAUCUCGAAGAUAUUUUGGAGUGAAAUGCUGAAGAGUGAGGGCCCGAGGAUGCAGAAGGGACCCAGUUUUGCGAAUAUUCCCGGACGAUUUGAAUCGCUCAAACAUAGAAGUCAUGAAGAAGGUAGGGAAAACGAACUUAAUAUGUGUACAGUGUGGGACCUGAUCCAGUGGCAAAAAACGUGCAGUGAGGGACCUGAUCCAGUCGCAAACAACGUCUCCUUUUGCAUCCCGGAACGGACCAAAAUGACUCCAAACCAUUCCCUUCUCUAACUAGGGAAGUGUACAAACGAACGCCAAAUGGCAAGUGUUAUACACCAUUGGAAAGCCCUUGAAAAAUGGUGCAAGACACCAUUUUCAUUUUUUGCAGAAUGCCUCAGGGCAAAAAAUUAUAAACGUUUGAUUUGUCCCAUAAGGAGUUACAAUAUCUGCUGUGGGGCAUAAUAAAUUUUAUUUCAAAACGCUAAAUGGUACGGAAUGCUACUAGGUUAGCAUAAGGAUCAUUAGCGCUUGCCCGUAAGACCAUUUUACCUAUGAUAUUUACUGGUUUUAAAUACCCAUAAUGUAAAAACCGCUUUUCACUUUUUUUAAUGUUGAAAAACAUGUAAGUUUUAUGGUUUUAACCGUAAGCGACCGUCUUCCAGUAAAAUUAAAGCGUUUGUAAAAGUUUAACGCAAAUAUUUUCCUAACUGUAAGAACGCAAAAAUGAUUUUUCCCAGGCCGGGAACUGAACCCGGCUUGCUUUGUCUUAUGCCCAGCAACCACUACACUAUUGAAGCAACCCUCUUCUAGGAUUUUUUCCUGCCCAAGAGAAAGAAAGAUUUUUGUUGCAAAAUGGCCUAAUAAUAAUACAAUUUACAGUAUGUCGUCGCGGAAAUGCAUUCUGCAAAAAAUGAAAAUGGUGCCUUCUGCCAUUUUUCAAGGGCUUUUCAACGACGUAUGUCACUUAUCAUUUGGUGAGGGUUCGUAUGUGCACUUCCCUAGUUAGAGAAGGGAAGGGUUUGGAGACGUUUUGGUCCCUUCCGGGAUGCAAAGUGGGACGUUUUUUGCCACUGGAUCCGGUCCCUCACUGUAGACAGUGUGAGACCUGAUCCAGUGGCAAAAAACGUAACAUUUUGCAUCCAGAAAGUAUCAAAAAUGUGGCAAAAUGCUCCCCCUCCAAGCGAAAAAACGCCGAUUUGAAAAGCGCGCCCGCUCUUUUUGUGAGGGAGCCCCUUCAAAACGAAGUUUUUUCACUUGGAGAGGGAAGCAUUUUGCCACAUUUUUGAAGCUUCCCGGAUGCAAAACGGUACGUUUUUUGCCACUGGAUCAGGUCUCUCACUGUAGCAAUUCAAAACGAUUAUUUUGUAUGUAAAAUACGAUCGAUUGAACUGCUCUUUCUUUAUAUCUUUGCAUUUAAAAAAAUGUCUCUCAAAAAAGUACACUACAAUUUUUUCAGGAGCCAAAGAUUCCCCAGACACCACCAGCGACCAAGCCUUGGAGCACCUACGCCCAUUUCGGACUCGAAUUUCCGCGGUCCCAGUGUUCGUUCCGACCAAAGACACAACCAAUCAGCGGCCUCGAAACGACCAAAAAUCCGUCGAAAAACAAAAUCCAGAAGUCGACAUGAUAAGCAAGGAGAUUGCGGCGCUGAAGGCGACAAUCGACCAAAAAAAGGAGGACGAGGAAAAGAGCGCGGCCCGAGAGGAGCGGGACCGGGAAAGCGAGCGUUUCUUCAGCGACGACGACAGCGACGAGGAGCUGCGAGAGCGCGUCGACUCCACGGGCCGGCCCUUGAAUCGGGGGCUGAAUAUCCGGCCUUUAGAGUCGGUGGAUCAGGAGACAAAUGAGGGAAAUUCGAGGCCAGUUGCAGUGAGGCCAAUUGAGGUGGAGAGACCCAGUUUGAUCGGGGAAAAUCUGCGGACAAAUCAGCAAUCGGUUCAGGCUGGACAAGAGGCGUUGAUUGAGACGAUUCGAACUACCGUUCCACCCAGAUUCGAGGCCAAUUCGGGUGGAUCAGCGGCUGAGAAUUCGAAUUUGAGCCAAAAUCAGGCGAAUUUGGGGGGAACUCAACAAAAUCAGCAGCCACCUGCAUCGAAUCAGGCUGUCGCUCCUUCCGCUUUGCCUACACCUCAGACUAGCCUUACUGGUGCUGCUGGUUCACAAAUUUCGCAAAACCUGCCCUCAGGGCAAGUGGCUCAGCCAGUUGUUUUCGCAGCGCCGGCAUCUCAACAAUUUCAAUUCCCAGCGGCGGCAGGGCAGCCUUUUGGGCUAGGCGCUUCUGCAGUGCAACCUGGACAACCUUUGGGAGUUGUGGGUCAACCGGGGUUCACACUGUUCCCCACGGUGGCUCCGCCCACAACCGCGGAUCCGCGGAGGUUCGGGAACCCGCCACGGACUCAUUUGGAUAAUUUCCCGUUGAGGAAUGAUCCCAACUUUCAGCAGAUGUACCACAACUUUCGCAGUGCCUUUUUGAGCUCGCCUGGGGACCAUUCGGAUACUGUAAUCUAUGACUUUACCAAUGAUCCACAUCAUAUUGUCUGA